AGUCCAACGUCUCCUCUCCCCCUUUUGCUAGAGUUCUAAGGGAGAGAUGCAAUAGAAAGAGCGAAUAAUGAUCAAGUUAAGGUCGAAGAGGCUAUCCAAAAGCAACUCUAACAUUGCUAAGGGUGGAGCGAUCAACAGUGGCUCCACCACCACUGUAAAGGGAUGUGGAGUAACUGGUGGCGACGAGAUCAAAUGGGAAGUACGUCCUGGAGGCAUGCUUGUUCAAAAAAGAGAUUGUAAAGAGAGUGAUGACAAAGUGAUGAUCACAAUUAGAGUUUCUGCAGUCUCCAAAUGGCAUGACAUAUCAGUCGAAGCAACCUCAACUUUUGGCGAAUUAAAGAUGAUAUUGUCAUUGUUAAUAAAUUUGGAACCGAAAGAGCAAAGGCUAUUAUUCAAAGGGAAAGAAAGGGAAGACAAUGAAUAUUUGCACAUGGUUGGGGUUAGAGACAGAGACAAGGUUCUAAUGUUAGAAGAUCCAGCCAUCAAAGAGAAGAAGCUUGUCGGGUUGGCGGGUCGCCAAGUAAGCGGGUCACCUUAUCUGACUGUCACUGCCUAAUUAAUAGUACUAAUUAAUCAAAUUAAAUACUGGAAUUUAAUUUACUAUCUUAAGAUUUUUUAAAUUACACUUGUCCAUGAUCAAGAUUUUAGGAUAGAAAUAAAGAGCAUCAUUAAGAAGUAA